CCGUAUCGCGGUAUAUCCCUAACUCGAGCACGCGUGUGUAUGUGUGUGUGUGAAUAGAAAAACCCAAGUCUCAACUCAACAAAAUGGCAAGUAAUUUUUUGACUGCUCUCUCGCUUCUGGCCCUCAGCGGCAGCUGCUUGGGUGGCUUUGCGGCCACCUACUCGGGCUUCCAUCCAGGCUAUGCCACCUACCAGGCGGCUCCAGCGGUGUAUCAUGCCGCUCCUGCUGCUGUCUACCAACAGGCAGUGGCUGCUCCAGUCUACAAGUCCUAUGCCGUGCCCUCGCCCUUUGUGAAGGCCGUCGCUCCAGUUGCCACCUACGCAGCCGCUGCGCCUGUUGCCGUCCCCGCCCCCGCUCCUGCUGCCGUGGUGAAAACUGUUGCUGCCGCUCCUUUGGCGCCCGUUGUCAAGCAGGUGGAGCUGGAGUCGUCGCCUCGUUAUGAUUUCUCCUAUGGCGUGCACGACUCCCUCACCGGCGACAUCAAGAGCCAGGUGGAGAGCCGCGACGGUGGCAAUGUGGUUGGCUCCUACAGCGUGCUCGAUGCCGAUGGCUACAAACGCACCGUCACCUACACAGCCGACGACCUGAACGGCUUCAAUGCGGUGGUUCAGCGUGUGCCCCUGGUGGCUGCCCGCGCCCUGCCAGUGGCUGCCCGCGCUCUGCCCGUGGCUACCGUUGCUGCUGCACCUGUGGCUCAUCUGCCCGCGCCCAUCUACUACCCCCAGGCACAGCAGCAGCAGCAGCAGCAGCAGUUCUUCCAGCAGCAGCUGUUCCAGCCACAGCAGCAACAAGUCAACAUCGAGCAGGAGAGCGAAGUGGUCGAGGCACCGCGUCAGCCCGAACAGGAGCCAGCACCUGUCGAUUACUCGGAUGUGCAACAGCAGCAGGAGCAGCAACAGCAGCAGCAACAGCAGGUUUACCCACAGGAUCAGCAGUUCCCACCCUACCCAUCCGCUUCGCCCGCUCCUGUUGGCGACUCGGACAGCGAUGUGGUUGAGGCCCGCUCCGCCCAGGAGUCAAGCAGCACCACCGCUGCUCCAGCUGCCGCCACCGAGGAGGAGAACAAGAAGAACCAGGGCAACAAGUCCGCUUAGAUUGUGAUCCCAUUGCAUAAUUCCAUAAAACUUUGUUGAAAUUAAAGCCGAAUGUCAAAACUUCAA